GCGGCUGAGAUUGACACAUGAAAAGAACUACAUACAUAUAUCAGGCGGUUUCUCUAGGUUGAGCUUCAGAUGGUCAUCUUUUCCCUCUGGCUAUCGAAGAUGGAAGCGUUUCUUUUGUACUUGCUCGUUCUGAAUCUCGUUACGAUGGCAAGCGCGCAAUUUCUUGACACUACGCUCGUCGUCUCUUCAUCAUCUGCAUUGGACUCAAGUGUCUUUGCGGGACUAAGCUCUCAAUUCAAUGGCCAACAAUCGGUAUUCAUUACCAUAACGCGACCAUCCACAACAACAACAACAUCAUCAUCAUCAUUGUCAUCUUCCCCGCCCCCGGAAUUUUCUUCGGCAAUUCCAUCUCCGACAGCAGUUCCGACAGAAUCUCCAUCUCCGCCAAAUCCGACCAGUGCCCUACCACCUAGUUCGGGCGGCAGCCCUACAGGCUUCUCUACAGGCUAUACCGUUGGCACAGCAGUAGGCGGAUCGGUUGGCGGAUUACUUAUAAUUUCCUUGCUUUUUUUCUGGUUCCGUGCACACAAGAAGAAGAAGUUGCGGCUAUCUAUUAGUAGCGGAUCAGCGCCAUCAAACAAGCUUGGAGAGAAGGUGACAGAGGUUACAAAGACCGACGUUGUUCCGAAGAGGAAGCCACUGUCGACGAAUCCUACAGCUUCUGGAACAGGGACAGGAACUCACGUGAGGAAGCUAGAUGGUGGCAGAACUUUAAAAUCUACCAACACGCUGUAGGAUAGAUACUUUUCACGUCAGUACAUUUGGCGGCGAACCGCCUGGGUCACGCGAUCUCGCAACAUUCUUUUCUAUUAUCUGAUGAUGAUGGAAUCAUCAAACUAUCGAGGAUCCAUAGCUACGUGAUA